AGUUUGCAAGAAAACUACACUGUUUUGGGUAAAUGGUGCUCAGUGGUAGUUACUGGUAGAAUGGGAAACUACUUUACAGACUGCUUUUGAAUUUUGGAAAUAAAUAAAUAAAACAGAAGGAAGGACAGAGAAAGGAAUGAAGAUGAAUGGAAUGAAAAAGAAAGACAAUGAAGUAGUCCAUCAGGGAAGUAUGAAAGAAAAAGGAAAUCAAACAAGAUUCAAUCCUGGAAAGCAAAGGAAAUGGACAGCGAGAUUUGCAUGUGUGCAUCAUAAACUUCUAGGUUUUGGUUUGAAUCUCCAAUCAGAAGCAAGAAAGUAAAGAGGAAGGACAAAGAGGUGCAGUUUGAAUGGGACAGAAGUAAAUAUCUAAAGAAGAUGAAGAAGGCGGUCUUAAAUAAAAAAAGAAAAUUAUUGUAUGUCGUGCUACGACUGAAUAUGUACAGUAUGUAAGUGAGUGUGUGUGUGUUCGCGUGUGUCUGCCCACGGCAAUGCUCUAGAAUGGACUGUGCUGAAUAUAAAUCAGGUGACUGAACAGGCGGGGGCUUCUUCACAGACAAGCCCAGAAGAUUGUGUCAUGCCCACUCCAACAUAACUGACACAUACACACACAUGUACGCAUCCCACUUGGCGAGCAACACAACAGGCACUGUAGUUACCAGCCAGCCUUUACAGAGCCCGGACUGACUGACUGACUGCCUCGCCUCUUUGGAGUGCUCAUCUUAUCUGUGCAAGGAAGGACUACUUAUUUUUUGUGAAAUCCACUGUGGUGGUUGUAAAUAUCUUCCAAGUGGUAGACCGCUGAUGCUGAGGCGUAUGGGUGACUCCAAGAGAAGAGCAGGUGACGCGGUAACCAUGUGGAUCCCGAUCCCCAGCAUGACUCGUCCUCAGCGGCUGGUGCUGUAUGGGACGUGUGCACUGGCAUUAUUAAACUCUGUGGGCCUUUUAAUGCUUCUGAUCCAGCAGAAUCAACAACACAUCCUCCUGGAGCACGCGGGAGACAGGCUGACUCAGGUGGAGCAGAGCUCAGUGGUGGAGUUUCUCCAAGAGGUGCCCAGAGAACGAGCUGAGAGGAAUGUGGCUAAACCGCAGUAUCAAUUCUCCAGAAACAAGAGGAGCGAUGCGAUUGAGCUGGAUGAGCGGCAGGAGAAGACGUUAGAGGUGACGCAAGAGAAGGAGAUAGGGACGGAUGAGGAGCAGGAGGGAGAGCGAGAGGUGGAGAAGGAGCUCGACCGUCAGGAAGAUGUGGAGACCGAGCAGCAGGAGGUCAGCCUGGAAGUCGGAGAGGAAACUGAGAUGAAACCAAAGCACAAUCCGAAACACAAGCACCGCCAUAACCAUCGUUACCACAAGCAAGACGCGCACGAUGAUAUGAUGAUGAUGCUCACUUAUUCCAUGGUGCCGAUUAAAUUGUUGGUCGACAUUUGUAACAGCACCAAAGGAGUCUGCCUCGCUGGGCCACCAGGACCACCUGGUUUGCCCGGUGCGGACGGCAUGCCUGGCAUUAAUGGGACGGAUGGCAUUCCUGGGCUGAACGGGCUUCCUGGCGCUGAUGGUAAACGAGGAAAAAGGGGACUGCCUGGUGAAAAAGGAGAACCGGGGGAUAAGGGAGAGCAAGGAGAGCAAGGCCCCCCCGGAGAAGAUGGCCAACCAACCAACGAUGUCAUUAUCAAGGGCCCCCCUGGCCCUCCUGGACCCCCUGGACCUGUGGGGCCCCCUGGACCUGCAGGACCUCAGGGACCCCCAAGAAUGAGGCACCAUAGAGCCUACCUACAAGCGGCUCAGACCAUGGAACCAUUGUAUUCAAUUCCAAAUGAUGAGACCUUGUUUGUGAAGACAGCUGGGAAACUUCAUGAGAAGGCACCUAAGAGGAAUGAGUGCCUGAUAAAGUCUCUGAUCAACCCCAGAAAUGUGACAAAGAUGGAGAGCACAUUUGGCACAUGGAUGAAGGACACUGCCGUGCUCAAUGACGAACGCGUAUGGGUGGCGGAACACUUUUUGGGUCGUCUGCUGAGGGAGUAUCAGAGCAUUGCGGCAUUGCAAUCCAACAGCAGUGACAUUGUGAAUGUUCGAAAGUUCUACCAGGGAUGUGGUCACACAGUGCACGGUGGAUACUUCUACUAUCAGAUUGCUGGAACGUCCAGCAUUGCCAGAUUUGACUUGGAUACUAAGAAGCUCCUCACACUCACUAUAGUUGACGCUCUCUAUCACAACCGUGCCUAUCUGCUGCAUAAUUCCAAGACCUAUUUCAAAAUGGCGGCGGACGAGAACGGCCUGUGGUUGAUCUACGCCUCCAACUUGGACGAGAGCAUCGUGGUGGCCCAAUUGGACCAAAAGACUUUCUCCAUCACCUCCUAUAUAAACACCACCUAUCCACGCACUAAGGCCGGCAACGCCUUCAUCGCCUGCGGCGUUCUGUAUGUCACGGACACCAAGGAUGCCAGAGUCACUUUUGCGUAUGACCUGCUAAAGGGUAAACCGGUUAAUGUAACCUUUGACCUGAGGCCUCCAGGUGGAGUGUUGGCAAUGCUCUCCUACAGCCCCAAGGACAGGCACCUGUAUGUGUGGGACAACAAUUAUGUCAAACUCUAUGUGGUCCACUUCAUCUCUGAUGAGUGAUGACUGAUAAUCAAACUCUAGAUUAAAAAACAAUAUAUGUCCAAGCACAUAGUUAGCUCUUAGACCAGGGAUUCUCAAAGUGUACGCAAAAAGGGUCAAUCACUGAAAAGUACAAACUAUACAUAAUACGGCAGUGGCAUAAACUUCCAGUGUACAGUGGAUUAAACAUGAAAUGACAGUGGUGCCUUGAGAUACGA